CAACCCUGUCGAAUCAGUUGUUUGUGAACGAUGUAAACACAGGUAUAGAUACAUUGCCGCGUAUUUCAUGUAACUUUUUCUUGUUUUUUACAAUUUACAUUUUUGUUUUUGUUGGUUUUCUUAAUAUUUACAUCCCGUCGUGAGCUAGAUAUUUUCAAGAGAAAGAGAGAGAUAAAAAAUAAAAGAGAUUCUAUAAUAAGAGAAUGGUAUUUACUUUAAACUAGGACAAUCGAUGAAUAUCUGAUGUAAUUAAAUAUUUUGGACGAUUGUUAAAAAAAGUCACGAAAGGAUAAUUCUAUAUUGAACAACAUCAUUUCUGGAUAAAAAUAUAAAAUCGCCACGUCCGAGGUGAGAGGGAGUUAGAUUGAAUUUUAUCCUCGAAGUUGGUGGAUUUAAAAUUCGUCUCUUGGUAUUUUUGUUUACAAAACUUGUAUCCAGUAUUGUAAUAGUUGAGUGUGCGCAUCUAUAUCCUGACAGUUGGAAGACAAGAUGGCUGACGUUGAACCAGUAAACACAAAAGCAAUGGAGCCAGUUUUUCAUAGGGGUGAGCACACUCUAAAAGUGCCAAUGGAACUUUUUGCAAAUAAUCGAAAAAGAUUGGUCGAACGUCUUGGAAAGAAAAUUACAAAGCCUGGAACGUUCAUUGUCCUACAAGGUGGAACGGAGGUGCCUUACGAUGACACGGACGUUUCUUGGCCCUUCAAACAAGAAUCCUUUUUUCAAUGGUGCUUCGGUGUUGAGGAACCGGACUGCUUUGGAGCAAUUGAUUUAAAGAGUGGGAAAUCAAUUUUAUUCCUUCCUCGAUUGCCAGACGAUUAUGCAAUUUGGAUGGGUAAAUUACAUUCGCUUCAGGAUUUUCAAAAACGAUAUGCUGUCAAUGAAACUUUUUUCAUCGAUGAGAUUGCCACUAUUCUCAAGGAUAAAGGAGCGUCGACUCUUUGUACUUUGAGUGGAACAAACUCGGACAGUGGACUUCCAGCCCGUGAAGCUGUUUUCGAUGGAAUUGAACAGUUCUCUGUCAACAAUACGGCUUUGUAUCCGGAAAUAUGUGAGUGUCGAGUAAUUAAAUCGUCACAGGAAAUUGAAGUUUUGAGAUAUGUGACAAAAAUAAGUUCCGAUGCGCACAAAAAAGUGAUGAAAGUUGUUCGACCCGAUUUAAUGGAAUAUCAGGCGGAAGCUGCUUUUAUAAAUCAUGCAUAUUCGGUUGGUGGAUGCAGACACAUGGGUUAUGUUUGCAUUUGUGGAUCUGGUCACAAUAGUUCUGUGCUGCAUUAUGGGCACGCUGGUGCUCCGAAUAAUAAGAUUAUUCACAAUGAAGAAAUGUGUCUUUUUGAUAUGGGAGCAAUUUACUGUGGCUAUACGGCUGAUAUAACCUGUAGUUUCCCGUCGAAUGGAAUUUUCAGUCAAGAUCAAAAAUUGAUAUACGAGGCAGUGUUGCGUGCACGUGACGCAGUAUUGAGUGCAGCGAAACCAGGCGUUUUUUGGACUGACAUGCACUUGCUAGCCAAUCGUGAAAUGUUGAUGGCGUUGAAAAAUGGUGGACUCUUGAUUGGCGACGUUGAUGAAAUGAUUGCCGUGGGAUUAAAUGAAAUUUUCCAACCCCAUGGUCUUGGGCAUUUAUUGGGACUUGAUGUUCACGAUGUUGGUGGAUAUUUACCGGGACACCCUCAACGUUCAACAAAGCCGGGUUUGAGAAAAUUGAGAACUGCUCGUCAAUUAAUGGCGGGAAUGGUCAUUACUGUUGAACCUGGCUGCUACUUUAUUGAUACUCAAUUGGACGCAGCUUUGGCUGAUAGUGAACAGAGUAAAUUUCUCGUCGCUGAGAAAAUAAACCGAUUCCGAGGAUUUGGAGGUGUUCGAAUUGAAGAUGACGUUCUUAUAACGGAAACUGGAGUCGAGAAUUUGACUCACGUACCUCGCACAGUGGAGGAAAUCGAGAAGUGGAUGAGCGGCGACAGAAAAGCGAUUAUUUUACCUCAGAACGAGAGAAUUGCGUAGAUUAAAAA